AUGCUUUGCAGUAAACUUGCUUCUAUUCUCCCAUCUCUAAUCAAUCAAAAUCAGGGAGCUUUUAUAAAGCGUAGAUCACUUGCUUAUAAUGUUCUCAUUCUUCAAGACCUAAUUAAGGGUUACAAUAGGAAACAUUAUUCUCCUUGUUGCUUGAUGAAGAUUGACAUUAGUAAAGCUUAUGACUCCAUAGAUUGGGACUUCUUGGAGAAUUUUUUGAAAGCUCUUAGAUUUCCUAGUCGAUUUAUCAGAUGCAUCGUGGUCUGUUUAAGAGGAACUUCCUACUGUUUGUUGAUGAAUGGUCGGAUUCAAGGUUGUUUUCAGGGUGGUAAAGGGCUUCGACAAGGUGACCCUAUCUCCCCAAUGCUCUUUGUAAUAGUGAUGGAUUACCUUACCCAUUUAUUGCUUAAAGCUUCCAAGGAAAAAGACUUCAGAUUCCAUCCUUUAUGCAAAUCUCUAAACCUUAUUAGUCUUUGUUUUGCUGAUGAUUUACUUCUAGUUUGCAAAGCUAAUAAAAAUUAUGUACAGAUUAUUCAAAGAACAUUUGAGGUCUUCUCCUCUUCCUCGGGUCUGGUUAUAAAUAAUUAUAAGUCUCGAAUUUAUUUUGGAGGAGUUUCUGAUCCUGUUAAAGACUCUCUCUUGAAACUUUCUCAGUUGGCUGAAGGGGUCUUUCCCCUGACUUAUCUUGGAGUUCCAUUGAGACCAAAAAAAUGGAAGGCAAUUGAGUGUGAUCUUAUCCUUAAGAAUAUCAUAUUGAGGUUACAUGUCUGGGCCAGUACACAUCUCUCUUAUGCAGGUCGGGUUCAAUUAGUCCAUUCAGUUCUGUUGGGAAUCAGAAAUUAUUGGAUGAGCAUUUUUUUGUUACCUGAGGGUGUCAUUAGAGGAAUUGAUCAUCUAUGUAGGAACUUUCUUUGGGGAGAAAAAGGUUCCCGAAGUAAAUUUUAUCUUUCCUCUUGGGAACAAGUUUGUCGUCCAAAAAGUUAUGGUGGUUUGGGUUUUAAAGAGGGGCCUAUCUGGAAUAAAAUUCUGCUAGCAAAAUAUAUCUGGGCUGUCUCUUCUAAGCAGGACUUACUUUGGGUGAAAUGGGUGAAUUGUAUCUACUUAAAAGGGAGUCAGAUUUGGGACUAUGUUUAG